GCUAAACCUCAUCCACAUACAUAGAUCAGUCUCUGCAGACUGCUCAAUCUUGUGUUUCUUCCUAAAAAGCGUGUUUUCUGCAACUUCUUUCAAACUAUCUGAUAUAUCUUUCUUCAUUUGAUCCUGAUUCCUGAGGCAAUGAAUAUGGCUUCUUCUUCUGCUACCAUAUUCCCUCAAGAAAAACAUGAUGUGUUUCUGAGUUUCAGAGGCGAAGAUACCCGCAAUACUUUUACAAGCCAUCUUUAUGCAGCUUUGCGUGGUAAGAAAAUCGAAACUUACAUAGAUUACAAACUAGAGAGAGGAGAUAAAAUUGCGCCUGCCCUUGUCGAGGCAAUUGAGAAAUCAAAGCUUUCCGUAAUCAUUUUCUCAAAAAAUUAUGCUUCUUCCACUUGGUGUCUUGAUGAACUUGUGCAUAUCUUGCGAUGCAAGGAAAGAGAUCGGCAGUUUGUUAUACCCAUUUUUUACGAUAUCGAUCCAUCACAUAUAAGAAAGCAGCAGGGGACUUAUGCAGAUGCAUUUGCUCAACUUGAAGAACGUUUCAAGGACAGUAUGGACAAGGUGCACAGGUGGAGAGAUGCUUUGAGGGAAGCAGCAAAAAUAUCUGGGUUUGAUAAUUCAAACAAAGCCGGGUCGGAGGCUGAUUUAGUUCAGACAAGUUGUCGAUGAUAUUUUGGCCAAACUAAAUCGUGAAAAGUCAAGUGAUUUGAAGGGAUAUGUUGGAAUUGAAAGCCACAUCGAGGAAAUUGAAUCAUUAUUAUCCAUUGAUUCAC